AACUUGUUGUCUACGUGUAAUUGAAGUAUGUGUUCUUUGAAUACGAUAUUUCGUUCUUUAUUCUCAUUGGCUCGCCGUGGACAUAUAUACCUAGUUUAAUUCUAUAAAUUAAAGUUUGAAAAACGGACAAGAGUAACUUUAUAAAAAUGUCUGCCUUAGUACACGAAAAAGUUUGGCUCGAUAAAACCGCUUAUAAUGAUGCCGAAAGAAACUACUACGAAUCACUAUCAAAAGGAAAAAUUCCCUCCAUUGGUGUUGGGGCUACAUCAUCUUUGGCCAGUGAGGUAGCUAAAGCUAGACAGCAUAUCAAAAACUCACUGGAAUGUAUGGACAAUGUUGCUUCAUUAAGUGGAGUACCAAAUACUGAAAUUAACAACAAACUUAACUCUUUGGAGAAAGAGAACUCGGACCUCAAAAAAGCAAUUGAUGAUCUCCGCAAAUUGGUUAUUAGUCUACAAGCACGAGUCGAAUCAUUGGAAGCGUCUGAACCCAGUGUAUCCAAAUCUGCAGCUCCUAAGGCUGCAGCACCUGCCCCAGCCCCUGCUGAGGACUCAGAUGAUGGAGUAGAUUUGUUUGGAUCUGAUGAUGAAGAGGAAAGUGCUGAAGCUGCAAAACUAAGAGAGGAGCGGCUAGCGGCGUAUAAUGCAAAGAAAUCCAAAAAACCAGUCCUCAUUGCAAAGUCCAACAUUAUACUUGAUGUAAAGCCUUGGGACGAUGAAACAGACAUGAAAGCUAUGGAAGAUGCUGUCAGAACAAUCAGCAUUGAUGGUCUAUUGUGGGGUGCUGCAAAACUAGUACCAUUAGCUUUUGGUAUUCACAAGUUGCAAAUAUCCUGCGUUGUUGAAGAUGACAAGGUGUCAAUCGAUUGGCUGACUGAAGAAAUUGAAAAAUUGGAGGACUUUGUUCAAAGUGUUGAUAUUGCUGCCUUCAACAAAGUUUAAACAAGCAAAGGCUACAUUCAUAAAGACUCAUGUUCAAUACAGGUUUUUGUCAUUAAUUAAAUAUAUAACUUUUAA